AUGACAGACGACCAGCUAUGUGUAUCGUUUAGGAACGAAGAAACAUUAUCGACAAAUUCAUGUACAAGACAAAAUGCGGCAUUUGAUUUAGAGACAUAUGGGCCUUAUCUCGACAAGAUUCGAGAGAUCUUCGUGCCCAGCUUGGAAUACAGAAUUCAUUGCUUGUUGGAAGAGUUCGUAUACAGCAGGGAUUCUCGAUGGGCGAUACAAUUUCCAUAUUUCAAGAAAUUCAUCGACACGAUAGCCACUUGGAGAGAUCCUUUAAUUAAAGCGGCCGAAUACGAUAUCGGAACGAUGGAGAAAACGAUAAGAAGUACCGUCAAACGUGUAGUGAAAGAAGACUUGGUUACCAGCUUCCUGGAUUCUAUUACUCUGCAUUAUAGACUGAAUAAAAUUUGUCGCGAACUUGACGCGCUGGGAAUCGAGGACAAUAUCUUGCGAAACCUGAACGUAUGGAACUUUGUCAACGAGAAGUAUUAUCGAGCGGAUCACGAUUACAUUACGAAUCCUCAUACUGUGGUGAAUUGUAACGCGAAUUCAAGCAACGUGACGAUAUCGCCUUGCGACGCGAAAGAAUCGGCCAGGUGUAAAAAAGCUAUCGAAUUAACCACGCACGAUCUUUAUUGUAAAAAAAAUAUCGAGCAACCAACAACAUCGGAUUGUCAAUCGAUAUAUCGACAGAUUAUCGAUGCAAAUCAUGAUCUUCGACAGCAAACAGAAGAUGAUUUUACACACAACGCAAUGAUGUCGCAAAAUGAUGAUAAGAUCGUCGAAUCUGUCAACGAGGAACCUUGCGAUGCCGAAUCCGCGAAGAUACAGAGCGUUUGUAAGAGAUUAAAGAUGAUCGUCCGUAAGAUGUAUCCAGAGGAUUGCAGCUGUCCAACAUAUUUAAGAUCUAUCGUCACACACUUGGUCUUACCUUGCAAGCCGAGCGAUUUGAUUGGGCGAAUAUUCGAUGCCGAUCCGUCUUUAAUGGAAUCUUGCUUCAUAGUGAUGAAGCGAAAAUUUCUAAUCAGCGUGUACAACGUCUGCUCGUGUCUCAACGAUAUUCUCGAUAAAUUAGAUGUCAAGUUCACGAAGAUAUUGUAUCUCAAUUGCGAGAUAUAUCCCGGAUAUAUCCGCUUCAGAUUGAAAAACGGUAACGACAAUAAAUGCUUAUUCGUCGCCAGGAUACCGAUAUGUCAAAAUGUUCGUAGACGUACGAUUCUACGGAAUUCCGCCAUCUCGAUUCGUAAAUCAAAGCUGAGUACGGAUGCGAAAGAAUCGAAGUGUUGUGAACGAUGCAACGAUCACGAUAACGAUAUACUUACAUGUAUCGAUGAAGAAAGUCAAGAGUUGGAUGACACAUGCUGUUCACAAUCGAAUCGAAACGUAAAAGACACGGCGAUAAAUAUAUCACGAGACGAGACUGGAAAUGAAAACAAAGAAGCAAUUACAUUCACGAUUACGGAAUGUGUUCCGAAGUGUCUUCAAGAUCUUACAACCUUUUGCUGUAACAAAUCUCGCGAAAACAUUGCCGAAGAAAUAUGUGACGUAACGUCGCACAAUGAUAAUUUGAAGGAAAUAAAUAGAAAGUGUCAGAAGAUCUCGGAUUCGAUAGAAAUCGAUUGUCAAAACGAUGCGGAGAUAUCAAUUACAAUGACGAACGACGAUGACUCAAAUACGAGAUUGAUCGACGACGCGAGUUGCGUGUGUUUAUUGUCUGAGAAUUUCGCCGAAACGAAUUACGAGAUGGAAAAUAUUUGUGGCAACAAAGAACCGGAUGAUUUCUCGCAACACGAUCGUUCUCAUUCGUUGGACGAAAAAUCAAAUUUGGAAGACGAAGAUUGCAACGUUAAUACAUGUAGUAUCGUGUCAUUCGUACAAAAUUCCGAGCACGACAAACAAUUGGUGGAAUUAAAUUGCAAUCGUUUCUUGUGCAAUGAUAUCGGAGCGAUCGAUAAACGGUCGGAGGACGAUGGCUCGGCAAAGGCAGAAAUUGGAUGCGACUCGUGCUGUUUCUCGAAUCAUGGAGACGAUUUUAUAGACAUCACCGUCAUCGAUAAUAUUUCGUCUCGGGAUGAUCUUGAAACUUGCAGCGCGUAUUGUUUCAAACCGAUGAGGGUAUCAUCUGAGAAUGAUUUGUUGGCGAAUGAUUGUUCCGUUCAAACGCCCAGAUUACGGGUGUCAUCGAAAGGUAUCAGCGUGAAUGUGAGUUAUCCUCAAGCUGUAAUUUGGAUGGCAUCCGGUGACGAUGGACACACAUCUACAAAGACACGCGACAGAAUCCGCGUGGUGAACCCGAAGAAAGGGCCUGAAAUUCUUUGCAAUAAAAAAGUUUCCGAUAAAAUAAAAGAUUUUACUAAAUUGUCGAAAAAUUCUCUCGAUAUCUCGAUGGAAGAAUAUCUUGACACAACGUCCAAUACGUCGCGAUGUUGUCGCUCGACGAGUAAAUUUACUGCGAGCGAUAGGCGAGAGGAAUUUGAAAAAUCUCACAAGUCCGCAAGAUUGUCAAAAUUUUACGUAAGCUCAUCAAAUGGUAAUUUUCGCAGCGUAACUUCUUUCACUGCGAUCAAGUGUGGAACAGCAUCGCGUAAGAAUAAUGAUGCCAAAGUACUCGUGAUGACAAAAUUUCGCGAGUCCGUCGACAGGUCUGUCGGCAGAAUAAAGCGUCUGAUUCACGGGAAACUGAGAAAAAUAUUAUUCAACGACGGAAUCAAAACGACGAAUGCAUCGAGAAAUUUAUGGAGGAGCAAAGAAUCCUCUGAAAAUACUACGAGAGGGAUGACAAGCGGAAGAUGUACACAGGAUUACAGCAUAACUUCGUGCUCAACUUGUAACUGCUGCAGACACAGCUGUACUCUCUCAUCGUGUGAAUCUUCGAACAUGAUUCUGUCAAUCCGCAGAAAUCGACAUAGAGAAGAGAGUAAAGAUGAGAUGAAAUUUCGCGAUCGUAGAAUAAUCGGUGGCAGCGAGACCUUGUCAACUUUCCGCUCGAUCGAAACUGCUUACGAUUUGUUGACUCCUACAGUAGUCGAGGAUAUGAAAAAAUACGUGUUGAGCAGAAGCGAUCGAUGUAACAAAGAGAAAAGAACUGAGCAAAAUAUCGUAAAAAACCGAAAUCCUUGCGACUUUAAAAAUUAUGGGACAAGUAUAACAACCUCCUCGCAAUCGACCAAAGUAUCCGGAAACGACUCGAAAUAUCACGAACGUUACACGUGCAAACAGCGAGAGGAGACACGUGACGAUAAACGUGUCUAUGAAGGGAUACAUAAUCAAGAUCGAUGGAAGGAGGCGCGACGUGCAUGCGAACGACGUGAAAGGACGCACAGACAAGCACCGAUUAAAUAUUCUAGCAAUGAAUCUCUCGGAGCGUCAUCGUCGUACACUUGGAGAGGAAGAGUUAGAGAUGACCAUAAGCAAUCUCGAUCUGGCAGGUCGAGAGCGAAAAACACAAGGAGACUGAUAUCUUCGGGCAAGAAUUGGCAGAAGUACACAGAUCGUUCCGACGACGAUCGUCUACGUAAGAAACGCGUCUUCGGGAUUUUGACCGACAUCUGUAACGAUUACACGGACGAUCUCGAUCUUGACUUCAAGUUACACUUGUUGCGAUAUGUCGAACUCUGCAGAAGUGUCAAACGCGCGUUGAUGAAGACGCUGCAAUUCAACGAUGAUUUUUACGAAGUCGACACAAUAUCUAGUGCCCGGUGGCGAUCUAUGGAAAAGUUUGAUUGAAGCGAUUAUUUCGUGUUAACGCGCAAUGCUAUAAAAUAAUAUUGUUAAUACAUCGCGUAAUAAAACACU